CAAUUACAAUGCGUUUCAAACGGCAAAUGCGAGAUCAAUGUACAGACGAGACGAUUGUGUCCGAAGUGUAGACUUAAAAAAUGCUUUGACAUCGGAAUGAGAAUUGAUUUCAUACGAAGUGAAACGGAAAACAAAAUUCGCCGACAAUUGAUGAUUGAAAAGAAAAUGAAAAAACUAUUGCAAGACAUGAGCGCAUAUUCUGGCGAUUCUUCGGACAACGAUUCAACGAUUCCAGAAUCCGAUGGCAACAGCAGUGCCAUCGAUGACAUGGAUGACUGGAUUGAACACAUUUGCGAUGACUCACAAGAAUCAAGUCGACAGGUUAUGGACAUUAAGCACUGUCUGUCGGGAAAGUCAGAUAUAUUGAGCGAAAUCCGACAAAAGGCACAGAAACUGGCGGUCAUUCCGAUGUGCAAAACGCUGACCGACUAUAACGGCAUAAAUCAGUUGGAAAGCCGUCGUAUAGAUGAGCUAUUGGUGGCGACCAACGUAUUCAACACCGAAUUGAGCGAUAAUAUCGUGGAGAUUCGUGAUCCAAAUGAGGGGUUUCGAGUGACAAACCAAAAGUACGAACAGGGGAUCCAGACUAUUGUCGACUUCACCAAACGAUUGGACGGUUUUCAGAAACUGUGUCUCGAGGACAAGAUUUCACUCGUGAAGUACGGGUGCCUUGAAUUGAAUUUUCUCAGAAGUCUACCGUAUUUUGACGAACAAACUCAAGAAUAUCGGCUCCCAUUAACUAAUAAUAGCACACUUAAGGUCACUUUGGAGUCUUUCAAAGAGCAUAGGAUGCCAACAUAUUACCCAUUGAAGCUAUUUAUGGAUAAAUUCUUCACAGAAUGGAAUAGGGAUCAAGUUAUAAUUGACCUGUUAUCUGCGAUCGUAAUUAUGAACCCUAAGCGACCAAACCUAACUCACAAACAAAGUAUCAAACUGGAGCAACAGCUUUAUGUGUAUUUAUUGCAACGAUACUUACUAUUGAGAUAUCAAUCGGAGUCGGAAUCAAAACUCCAGAAACUGAUGGUUUCGUUGACAGACCUCACGAUUACAGCCGAAGCCCAUAAACAGUGCGAAGUGCAAGAGAAAGACAAUUGA